UAAUUCUUCCAGGAUAGGUCGAAACGGUCGCCAACCAUGGUUCCAACCCUCAUCAUCGUUCUCCCAUGGUACUAAAUAUCGACCAUCAUGGUAUUCACACCUCGAAAUUAUAUAUUUAACAAAGAAUGCGCGCUGAACACCGCCCCAUGCUAGUUUUAAAACGACAGGGCCUCAAGCUGCACCUACCUCAAACCUAGAGGUCACGAUCAACACCGCGCUUGCUAGUGACGCUGCGGCCAAUUUCCCAUCAUCUACUCGUCUAUCCUCGUCUUCCCCUCGAUAUCCUCCGUAUAUACCACACGAUCGUUUCCUUAAGUUCACCGAUAAAUCCCAGAACAUAAGUCAGUAUGGCUAGCCCAGGUCCACUUCCACACCACCAAUUCUUGGUCUCUCCGCGCUUUCCGUCGGAGCUACUUCUCAAGAUUAUCCAACAUCUCCCAUUCGGCAGUGGAAAAAUAAUUGCCAUUCUGCGCAGCACCCAUCCACGGUUUAGAGAUCUUCUUGGCAUCUACGAGCGCUCAAUUACCAGGAGCUUUAUUGGCAAAGAACUUCGACAUGCGCCAACAGAUUUCCCAUGCGAUGGAGGUAUCGGUCUCAACUGGCUUGCGCAAUGCGUAAAGAGAUACGACGUUAUAGAUGACGUUAUGGGUGCGCUUUCCUCCGACAAGAACUGUUUUGCGGUGGAGCGGCAUAACGCUACUCUUGUCUAUACAGGCCUGAUACUGCUCUAUCGACUCAGAAGAUUUGAGGACCACAAUGCCAAACUCACGUACAUUAAGUCUCUUCAGCGCGACCCCCUGACGGCCAUUUAUCUCGCCAUCCAUCACGCCAUUUUAUCAGCCCGCUACCAUGGCUCAGGCUGGAUUCAUCAAAGUGUAUAUGGCCGCUUCAUGGACGCUAAUCAGAUCUCUCUGCGCAAUGAGCUCGAAUUCUGUUUCGCUGAAGCUACACUCAACAUCGGCGCGCAAUUUCUCAGUGAUAUGCUGCUCGAUCACAGCACGUCCGAUGCUGAGACGACACUAUUGAACUGCUACCACGAUCAUGGAACUCACGACUGGGACUGGCCGUGUUGGGGUGAUGGCGUAGGAGAGUUCGAGCCACCAAGGACUCAGGGGCCUCACAAGGAACCAGGAGCCAAUGGCAGGAGUCUGUUUACGACUCUCCUAGAGAGGUUGGCAGAGCUGAUGGGCUGUCCUUUGGAAGAGGUCGAGUCGAAGAUCGAGCAAAACACCGAUAAAAAAGAUCAUUCGCUUGCGUAUUUGGAUCUUAUGGGAAAGGCGCGGUUGUUGGGGGGACUCGAUUUGACUUUCGUGGAUGGGGAUGGGUAGUCCUACUGCUCCACAUUCAUUCCAUUCUUGGGGAGCGGCAAGCAAGAUGUCGGUGUUGGCUAGAUGCUGAGACUGGACCUGGAUAAUACAAUGUACAGUGUGUCUCAAAAUAUAGGUUAUAGACUUACGAUCUACAUAACAGGCACGGCUUGCUGGUAGACUAUUCGCUCGGCACUACGGCUCAAGUGGUUCAUGUUUCUAUAUUAUCCGGUUAGUCACAAAUGCAUUGUGCUGAAGAGCAUCUCUUGUAAA